AUGGGGAAGCAUAGCAGGUGUAAAGACGAAUUCCACAACCUUGCCAGCAUCUGCCCUGCCUGUGCCAAAUUGGGAGAUUUGGAACAGGGCAUGGACAUCCAUCAAAUCAUAAUGAAAAGAGGGUUUUUGUCAGAUAUUAUAGUUGGAAAUGCAAAAUAUGGAAGAAUAGUCAAGGCAAGAGAAUUGUUUAACAUAAUGCCUCAAACAGAUAUCAUCUCAUGGAAUUCCAUGAUUGUAGGAUAUGAACAAAAUUGGUAUGCAAAAUGUGGAAGCAUAGCAGGUGUAAAGACAAAUUCCAGAACCUUUGACAGCAUCCUCCUUGCCUGUGCUAUGUGCCAUAUGCCAUAUGGGGAGCUUUGGAACAGCAAUUUUAAGAGUGCGCAGGACGCAGUAAAAACGUUUGAUGUGCACAGAAUAAAAGCGUUUGAUGUAUGA